UCUACUGCACGCGCAGUUCAAGCAGUGCUGCGGACAUCGGCCGCGUGGCUAGAACCUGUGCUAGUUAAGUGUUCGAAGCGCCUCAUGUCUGCCGUUGUUGGGGCCCGUGUUAAUUCAGAGUACACAACUUGAUGCAUGGUUUCGAAUUUUAAAACAAUUUUGUAAAAAGGCAGCUGCCAUAGUAAAUGUAGUGCGCUCUUGCGUGCGUUUGGUGUACUAUAGUUAUCACAAUGGCUUCCGUAAAAGACACAGCAACUUUCUUCGCCAAGGGAACUUCAAAUCAGUUUGCACAUGUUUUGAAGCUCUAUCCGGAAGCUUUGAAGGCAAAGGCGGAUAGUAAAAACAAAAAACCUGAAGAGAUGAUAAAAUUGGAUAACUGGUAUCAGAAUGAACUCCCAAAGAAGCUGAAGGCAAGAGGAAAGGACACUUACCUUAUCCAUGAAGAAUUGGUGCAGACAAUGAAAUGGAAGCAAACUCGGGGAAAAUUCUACCCUCAACUGUCAUAUCUGGUGAAAGUUAACACUCCACGUGCUGUCAUGCUGGAAACCAGAAAGGCAUUUCGGAAAUUGCCUAAUCUCGAGUCUGCAAUUACGACAUUGAGUAACUUGAAGGGGGUAGGGACAACAAUGGCCUCAGCUCUGUUAGCAGCUGUAGCUCCAGACCAGGCUCCCUUUAUGGCAGAUGAAUGUCUAAUGGCAAUUCCUGAAAUUGAAGGAAUUGAUUACACAACGAAGGAGUACCUCAACUUUGUCCAACACAUACAGAAUGCAGUUGAAAGGCUGAAUAAAGAAAGUAAUAACGGUACCUGGAAUCCACAUCAAGUAGAACUGGCCCUAUGGACACACUAUGUUGUUUCGGAAAUGAAACCAGAGCUUCUAGAUGGGAUGCCAGGUCCACACGAAAAUGGAACUACGAAUCAUGAAGAAAAAAAUGGGGAUACUCUUAAAACACAGGACCCGGAAAAUAGUUCCGAUGAAAGCACGCAAGACUCGACUAAUGGAAAAAACUUAACUGGGCCUGCUGACACACUGGAUGAUACUACUACAUCAUUCACAGAAGACUCACUAGACAAACCCUCAACACCCACUGUAGGACCUCUUUGUGAUGAAACAACCAAUGACUCGGUUGCUACCACAGAUUCAGGCACGAACGAUUCUGCUGCAAUUGCAACAGCAAUUGUAGCUUGUAACAACAAGAGAGGAAGCAUUUCUAAAGCAGAUACAGAGGAAGGAGAUGAGACGACUAGCAGUCUUGAAGAACCUCCUGCAAAAAAAACGAAAAUUGGAGAAGAAAAGUGACACAAGUAUAAUAUUUUCUAAUAAUUUUAUUGAAACUCAUAGUAAGACAGUGUUCCAGUCACAAAUCAUAAGUAAACUUUUCUAAUUGUAUCACAGUAUCAAGGGAAAAUGUACCGUUGUGGUUUCAUUAUCUCAGUAUACAGUAAAGUGAUUUUUUUAGUACCUUACUAAAUAAAAUCAAAUUAGAGACUGAAGUAAAAGAAAAAGCACACAAAAACAGAACAUCUCUACCUGAGUUUCUUUCUCGUAUUGGUGUAAAAAGGAACAGUCACAUACACCGUACAUAAUGUUAGUGUCAUUUUCUCUUUCAUCAGGCAUCAGAUCGAUAGGUUUAUGUAAUGUGUAAAAUAUGGUGCAGAAAAGUGCAUGAUGAAACUCCUCAGAUAGUUUUUUAACAUUUUGAAUAUGGUGGACGUUGUGAAUGAGGUGUAAAGGAGCAGAGGAUUUUCUCCCUACUGUGCGCCAUGUGCAGAGCUGCACACUACUGUAUUAUUAAAAUGGAUGUGUUUUAUGUUCACUGUUGGAAACCCAUCUUAUGCAGUUGUUAACGCAUUGCAAGGAGUCUGAAAGAAAACCAUGAUGCAUGAAGAGUAGUAAUUAUUUUUGUGUGUGUACUAUACAUUCCAGCAUUCUUAGUAUUUUAUCUGCAUGUCCAUUAUUAUUAUUAUUAUUAUUUUUCACUCUACCAUUUCCUUUUCAGGUGAAUGUCUGAAAAAAGCCACUUUUCAUGUUUUGUGUGUUUAAAUAGUUAAUAAUAAUUAUUAUUAUUAAAACGGUUCCUGCAGCCAGGAUGAAAUCACACAUUGCUUUUCAAUUCCGUUGUUACAUUAAAUGUUUCAUAAUGGUCUAGUCGAAAUCCUAGUUGAUGUAAAUGAACAAUUGCAAAAACAAAAUUCAUUUUCUGAUGCAUGUUGUCGUGAUGUUCAACAGUUACAUAACAUUGUGGAGCUGUGUGUCCUUUCCUAAAAUUUCUUUGGUUGUUCAAGUGAAUAUGAAUUUGUUAAGAGAUCAGAUAUUGAGAACCACCUGCAACAUUACACUUAAUAGACCUGCAUUACGUAUUAUAAUAUUUGAUAAAAAGGUUGUAAAUAAAUUAUUUUCAUUGGUAAUUUUACAGCAAACCAUUGCAGUUUAUACAGUUCACUUUGUGUAUUGUAAAAAUAUUGGAAGUUAAGUGAGAUAAGUAAAAUAUCACAUGUUGCCUGUGUUCUGAUACAUCUUUUUGUAUCUAAUAUCUAAAAAACUGCAAAGUAUCCCCCCCCCCCCCUCUCUCUCUCUCUCUCUCUCUCUCUCUCUCUCUCUCUCUCUCUCUCUCUCUCUCUCUCUCUCCCCCCCCCCCCUCUCCCCCUCUCUGUUCCACUCUUCCAUUGCAAAAAUUUUUCGCAAAUCAGGGAUGUUUCUGUGUAGUUUCUCAUUUUUAAUGUAAAAAAAAGAGUGGUGGUCCGGAUGCCCAUAUGCUUACAUGCUCAUGUGUGUGACACACACACACACACACACACACACACACACACACACACACACACACACACCAUUGCUGUUUUCACUUUUCACACUUCCAGUCAAACAUUUGAGAAGCCUUUCACUACAGCUUGUGCAUUACACACAAAAAAAUUAGAAUUGACUAGCUGAAUAAUGAUAUUAAUAAGAAUAGUAAUGUUAUGGUAAUUAUAGGUUGCCAGUGUUUGUCACAAUUCCUGCAUUCUUUUCUCUGUUCUGUUGAAAUCAGCAUUUACAGCUACACUUGUAAACGUUAUCUUUCAUGUUGAUUGUAAUUUUAUGGCGAGUUCUGAAAAUUUUCUUGUAAACAUUAAUAUUCAAAUAUCAGCAAUACUUUGCAAUUAUUUUAUUUUUUCCUCUGAAACAGCAAUUUCUCAACUAAGAUUAAUUUUCAUGUGUGUUUUAAUUAUUAAACACCAGCCUGAUUGGUAAUAACACAUGAAAUAUUUUCAUCAGCAAGUAAGCAAGGUUGGUUCGAGAUCACUCCAUCACGUGCAACUCGGUUGAAAUACAAAUGUACCCACUUGGAAGAUACAUGGUUUUGGUGUUGAAUCAUUGUAUAUAUGUCAGUACACAGAGUUUUGUUUUUUAUUUAUGAUAUUGUACUUAAGAAUUAUAAAAAUACCAAAAUUAGCUUAUAAUUUUUUGCUGAAAGCAGAGAGUAAAAUUAUGAAGCCAGAA